AUGGACCCAGGCACGGUACUUGCGAUCGUAUCGCUCAUUAUCCAGGUAGUCAGCUCGGCGGAUAAGGUGAUACAGGGGUUUGAUCACAUUCAAAAUGCCCCCAGAGAGUUAAGGGACUUCCGCGCGGCUGUCUUCCGGCUUCAGCGAAACUUCGAGACUCUUCAACCUAGUUCCCUCCACGCAGAUGACCUCCAGCCGAUCGAGGAGACACUGGAGCUAUGUGCUCAUCUGUUUCAGCAACAUGACAGUGUCCAGAGCCAGGGGAUGGUCAACAGUGUCCUCCGAGGCACGUGGUCCAUUCGCAACAAUCAGAAGUUGACCAAGUAUCGGUAUCGUAUAUAUGAACAUUACGUGACAAUACUCAUACCUGCUUUGGUCGCAGCAAGCGGCAGAAGCAGUGACCACAAUACGAUUGGGUCGUCUUUGUCUGGCUCUACAAAGUUUCAGGCGCAGGGAGAGCGACCUGAACACACCGGCACUACCGUGUCGCUGGAAGAUCUGGGAAGCCUUCGUCAACUUGUUGAAAACCUUGGAAUUAGUGAAGAACGGGCGGCUACCGAGCGGACCCUCAGUGAACUCGACCGACAGCUACGGAGAUGCUGGAUCAAACUAGGACUUCAAGAUGACGACGUAUUCGACAGUGCCGGCUUGACAGAUCGCCGUCGCCAGUCAAACGUGACAUUUGAGGUGGCACCAGUAACUCUAUACAUGAACGACGUCCCCGAGCAACACAAGAAGCUGAAGCUGGAGCGGGUUCAUAUCAUGGCCCGUGAUGACGAGUCUCGCAUCCUCUUGUACCAGAACAGAGAAGCAACAAUCCAAGUCACUCACAUAGUGCCCAAAGGGUCCAUUCCAUGGACGAGUCCGCAGUACCACAAGCGAGUCUCGUUCCUCCACCCCCACGUCAUCACCGUGGUCGACGGUGAAGGGUACCACCUGUACCAGGUCGAUCCGCAAUACUCCUUCAACAAGAUCGAAACAUGCGAGAGCUUCCAGUCCAUGCUGCGCGAGCGAGAGCUCCGCGGGACGUUCCUGGCGGCAGAGAUCCGAGAAGGGGGAGUGACGCUGUGCCGGAUGCAGUUCAUUCGGUUUUGGCGGCGGCACGAAAUAGGAAAAGGCGAGAUACUCACGCUCACCUUCCUACAGACCUCACACGACGCGGCCGCGCAGCACAAGGAGGUCAACCUGGCGAACUAUCAGGCCACGCCGGAAUACCACGCCAGAAGACUAGCGACGGUAGUCGUCAGGAGGCCAACAGAAUCUAACACCUUGGACAUAAUACCUCGGCGGGCGCACGCGAAGAGCCUCGUCCUUCAGGGAAAGAUACCGAGCCCUUCAUACAUCCACGCCAUCUCUUCAGCCAGCCACACCAACGCUGCGUCCGGCGCCUUCGCCGCUCAUCCCCACCACCUCUUCGUCGGGGACGCCGUCGCUGUACUCGACUUCGACCUCUUCGAGAACGCCGUGCACCACGGCCGCACCGACACCGUCAGACCACACGUGGAUUACUUUACCGCCUCCAAAGUUGAGCAUUUUCGACCUCGAUGA